CAGAAACCAAGUUCCCCGGCAACGAGCUGCAUCCACCCGGCGGCGGGCCGGAGCCAGCGAGGCCCGGAGGCUGCGGGUGUGCCGGCGCUCGGUGCCCAGCGCGCCCCCACACCUCCUUCAGGAGGACUUCGGCCUUGGCCACCGCCACCAAGUUCCGACUCGCUUUUCGGCCUACGCAAAGCCUAGGGAGGGGGUAAGGAGCAGCCGCGCCCCCCUCCCCGAGGCCGCCGCCCCCGGCUUUUCGGCUUCGCUCCCCUACGCGUGCGCCCGGGCGCUGCGCCCCGACAGUCUCCAGCUAUGUCGAUGCUGCCGUCGUUCGGUUUCACGCAGGAGCAAGUGGCGUGCGUGUGCGAGGUUCUGCAGCAGGGCGGGAACCUGGAGCGCCUAGGCAGGUUCCUAUGGUCGCUGCCUGCUUGCGACCACCUGCACAAGAACGAGAGCGUGCUCAAGGCCAAGGCGGUGGUCGCCUUCCACCGCGGCAACUUCCGUGAGCUCUACAAGAUCUUGGAGAGCCACCAGUUCUCGCCUCAUAACCAUCCCAAGCUGCAGCAACUGUGGCUCAAAGCGCACUACGUGGAGGCCGAAAAGCUUCGCGGGCGACCCCUGGGCGCCGUGGGCAAAUAUCGGGUGCGCCGAAAAUUCCCGCUGCCGCGCACCAUUUGGGACGGCGAGGAGACCAGCUACUGCUUCAAGGAGAAGUCGCGGGGCGUGCUGCGAGAGUGGUACGCGCACAAUCCCUACCCCUCACCGCGGGAGAAGAGGGAGCUGGCCGAGGCCACCGGCCUCACCACGACCCAGGUCAGCAACUGGUUUAAGAACCGGAGGCAAAGAGACCGGGCCGCCGAGGCCAAGGAAAGGGAGAACACCGAAAACAAUAACUCCUCCUCCAACAAGCAGAAUCAACUCUCCCCGCUGGAAGGGGGCAAGCCGAUCAUGUCCAGCUCAGAAGAGGAAUUCUCACCUCCCCAAAGUCCAGACCAGAACUCCGUCCUUCUGCUGCAGGGCAAUAUGGGCCACACCAGGAGCUCAAACUAUUCUCUCCCAGGCCUAACGGCCUCACAGCCCAGCCACGGCCUGCAGGCCCAUCAGCAUCAGCUUCAGGACUCUCUGCUCGGCCCUCUCACCUCCAGUCUGGUGGACUUGGGCUCCUAAGUGGGGAAGGACUUGAGGCCCUGAAGGGAUGGCUGAAGCAGCAACCAAUCACAGCAACUAGGGACACUUGUAAAUAGAAAUCAGGAACAUUUUUGCAGCUUGUUUCUGGGGUUCUUGGUUCUUUGCGCAAAAAGGAAUGGUGGACUUUCACAGAUACCUUUUUAAAAAUCAAAACCAACAGUGAUGUUAAGCAGAGUCUCCCUCUUCUCUCCCCUCUCUUCACUUUUGCAUUUUCCCUCCUGGCCCCAGAAAUCAGGAGGAGGAAAAAACUCCAAAUAAACAAAAGCACCCAGUUUUGGUUCUGGCCAAACCAUGCGCCCAUUUUAAUAAUUUGUUCUUUUCUUUUUUCUUUUGUUCUUUCAAACAGGAAUUGCAAAUCAACCACAUUUUAAUUAUUUCCCUUUAAUUUAUUUAUGAAGAAAUUUUAGGGGAAAGAGGAAUGAGAAAGUGAGAGUCAAAGAUCAGAAUCGUGACAAGAAGAACCUCUGGUCUGGAAGGAACUUGUUGCUUUCUUAAAUUGAAUAGGAAAAUAUAAUUAAUUUUACAUCUUUUCUUCAUGGGAAAAAUUAAGUUUACAUUUUUCAUAUUUAGUGUUAAUGAUUUUAUGUAGGUUAAAAGAACAGUAUUAGGGGGAAAAACAAGUGCCUAAAUAUUUUAAUGCUCUAUGUGAGACAGUUAGAAGUGACCAUUAAUAAUACAACUAUUUUUUGUCAAAAUUUGGUGGGGUUUUGGGUGGUUGUUUUCUUUCUUUUUUUUUUUUAUGACAAACUCUAACAAUGUACCAAUGUGCAAAAAAAAAAAAAAAAAACCCUAAUGUCAUUACUUCUCAUACCCUCAAAGCUUUCUUAUCUGUAGCCUACUCCUGUUAAAAGGUUUCUCCUGUUCUAGUUUCUAGCUUGCAAAAGUAUGCCAACAAAUCUGGCAACCUGGUAUUUGUUAUUAAAAUAGCAUGUGUUUUCAGGUUUCUUUUCUAUUGUACCUAACCAGUCUAAAUUAAAACAGUAGAACAUCAGGAGUAUGAUUCUGUUUCUCAAAGGUGAACUGUGCAUUGCUGUCACUGGGCCCUGUUUGUUUUUUCUUUUAAUAAGUUUUCACACUUUUUUACUUAAAAGUGGUCAUGAAUUGCUGGGUAUUCUGAAAGCCAUCACCGGAACCAAGAGUAGUCAUAAGAUUCUGUGACCGAAAGAGUGAAUUUAGCUUUGGGGUAUUUAUUUAUUUUUUUAUUAUUUACAUAAUGCAGUUUUUGUUUACCACUAGCUCUUCUCCAUAGCAUUCAUGUGUUAACUCAAUUCUUUUGUGUUAACAAGUGUAUGAUAAGACUGUGAAAGUAAAAGUAAUUUAUCUGCUUGGAAAAAAAGGGGGAUUUAAACAUUGUGAAUUAAUUUGUACAAAUAGAAAGCAGACUAGCAGGGCAGGAGCUCUUUUGCAGUGCUGCUGAACUGAGUAGUGUCCAGAAAGGUCCCAGUAAUCAUGUAGGCUUCAUGCUACUUUCACCUGGGGCAAAAUGAUGUAUCUUCUGUAUUUAGCUUUUAAAAUUAGUGAAUCAAAUGGCAUUAUUUAUUAAAAUUUUACUCAGGAUAACA